CUAUGCAUUAGCGCGUCGUUUUAUUUAACUUUGUCAAUUCUUUAGGCUUUUAAUCAAUAUAACCUUUAAAGCUGGAAACAGCAAAUUUGUGACACUGCUGUUGCUAAGGCGCCCCGCUAAAUUCUGCACUCCAUAGCGACAUAUUAGACCGAUAACGAAAACUAAUAAAUUCUUCUCUGCGCCUCUUAGAACCCUUAGUAAAUAUGGCCACCUCGGCCCCUCCUUGUGGCUAACUGGGUAGAACGCCGCAAGGAGCGUCACGGCCUCGCUUCCCUGCUGCUCCAGAGGGAGGAGAAGAGUGGACGCGUUGCGGCCGACGUGACGUUGGUUUGGAAGGGCCGGAGAGGCGCAGGGAGUCGGUGUGGUAGCACAACCCGGAGGGGAAUAGGAGGAGCCCGGAUGUACCGGAGAAUCUGGGCCCCGAGAGAAAGAUGGCGGAGAACCAGCUAACGGCCCAAGAGGAACGGGCUAUCGAAGAAUUUCUGGCUGAGUUGAAAAACCGAGAACAACCACAGUUGGUUUCAGUGCCUCCUAACACUGCUCUGAAGUUUUUAAUGGCUCGGAAGUUUGAUGUUACUAGAGCAAUUGAUUUAUUUCAAGCCUACAGAAACACAAGACUGAAAGAAGGCAUCUAUAAUAUAAAUCCUGAUGAAGAACCAUUAAGAGCAGAGCUGCUAAGUGGUAAAUUUACAGUUUUGCCUGGAAGAGAUGCAAAUGGGGCUGCUUUAGCUUUAUUUACUGCUAGACUCCAUCGACCGGAUGUUACCACGCAUAAGGCAGUUCUGCAGGCUAUUAUCUAUCAGCUAGAUAAAGCCAUUGAGAGAGUUGAAACUCAGAGGAAUGGACUUAUAUUCAUCUAUGAUAUGAUCAAUUCCACUUACGGGAACUUUGAUUAUGAGCUAUGUGUUAAAAUACUGAACCUUUUGAAGGGUGCAUUUCCUGCACGUCUUAAGUGUGUUUUUAUUGUGUCUUCGCCACUUUGGUUCCGAGCUCCAUUUGCUGUAUUGCGAUUGUUCGUGAGAGAAAAGUUGCGUGAACGGGUGCGAACAGUAAAAGCCCAUGAGCUGGUAAAUCACAUACCAAAAGAAUCCUUACCUGACCAUUUGGGCGGGACCUCCAAAAUUAGCCACGUUGCUUGGAUUCAGUCGUGUGUCAAUUCCAGACAAACUCAAGAAAAUGGAGAUUGCAUGGACCAUCUGUUCAUGAUCUAUGCAUCGGAUCAGAAUCCUGUGAGUGACAGACUUAAUUCUAACUGCACCCAGCAGAAUGUGACUGAUAAUACCAGACUUAUAAAUAAUCAUUACCAUGAAAAUAGGACUAAAAAUUAUUCAGAUGUGCACAGAGUAAGCAGCUGUGUUCACUGGAAUGGUUCUGCAGGUAGUGGGAACUAUGAUUGUUAUGACAAAAAUUCCAGUACAAACACCAAUUGCAGAAGGCCACCGCCACAAUCAGAGACCCCUCCGGACACUCCUUUAUAUAAGCAGCCUGCUGAUAAUCCCUCCAUCCCACCUUUACCCCAGAAAUCACGACCACUGCCCACCGGCAUGGAGCUGUCUAUACAUAUGCCAGAAGAUGGAGGAAUGACGGUACUUGGUUUGGUUCAGCAUGUCAAAAGGAUGAAAAAGAGGGGAAUAUUUCAAGAAUAUGAAGAAAUUAGAAAAGACCCACCUGUUGGUUCAUUUGAUAUUUCAAAGAAGUCUCACAAUCAAGCGAAGAAUAGAUACAGUGAUGUUCUCUGUUUAGACCUGUCAAGAGUUAAGUUGGGACUUGUUGGUACAGAUGAGACAACGGAUUACAUCAAUGCCAGUUUCAUGGAUGACUAUAAAAGGAAAAAUGCUUACAUUGCAACACAAGGUCCUUUGCCAAAAACAUUUGAUGAUUUUUGGCGUAUGGUGUGGGAACAGAGGGUUUUAAUCAUUGUAAUGACAACAAGGGUAAUAGAAAGGGGCCGGAUUAAAUGCGGCCAGUAUUGGCCCUUGGAAGCUGGAAGAGGUGAAGAUACUGGGCACUUUAUAAUUAGGAACAUCCACAUUGAUCUCUUCCAAGACUUUAAGCUUACCCACCUCGAAGUGUACAAUAAACAGACAGAUGAAAGCCGAAGUGUUGCCCAUUACCAAUACAUGAGCUGGCCGGACUUUGGUGUCCCUAAAUCUGCCUCUGCCAUGCUAGAUUUUCGAUCCCAGGUGAAGCAACACCAGGCAGUGGCUGUACAAGCCCUAGGGUUGGAGUGGACGGGACAUCCUGCAGGGCCACCAAUUGUUGUUCAUUGCAGUGCAGGAAUAGGCAGAACAGGUACAUUUUGCACUCUGGAUAUUUGUCUAUCCAGACUAGAAGAUAUUGGGACAGUAGAUGUUCUGCAGACUGUAAAAAGAAUGAGAACUCAACGUGCUUUCAGCAUACAAACAUGGGAUCAAUAUUAUUUUUGUUAUAUGGCUAUUAUUGAAUACGCACAGAGAAAAGGCAUUAUUGCUCCUGUGGAAUGGUCAGACACUGACUUUGAGACAGAUAGCGAGUGAUAAUUCCUCCCUGUGGUACUAAGAAAUGUGGCGUAUCGGUGACCAUCAGCUGGUCUAUUCUAAGUUCAUUGGUGCAGGAAGGAUCUGCCACUCAUGCCUUUAGUGCAUUGCAGGCCCCUUCAGCACAUAGGGGUUUGAGCUAUUGAAGCACUGGAAAGUGUCAUAAUUUAUUGUAGCAUGAAUGCCAUGGAAUAACUUGCACACAGUUUUCUAGACUUGAAGUUAAGUGAAAUUUUUCUUUGCUGUCGUCUGCAGAAAGAACUCUGUACAGUGUGUCACAGACCCCUUUGUAAAGUGUUUAGUAUCUUGUAGAUUUGUUUAGUCCUUUUUAUGAAUUUUAUGUAAAAAGUAUUGUGUUCUUUAAAGAAUGCUUGUAAGUCUAACAUUCAUGAACCAAUGCUACCAAGUAGAAGUCCAUUUACCUGGUCAAUUUGGCAUUAUUAUUGUAUAUUUUUCUGUACAGGAAAUUGUCUAUAAAAAAAAAAUAGUAAAAAAAAAAAAAAAACUUUAAAGGUCGUAAGAAGGAAAAUUGUUGUGUUUGUGGCCAUGCCGGUCAUGAAUUACUGGCUAAAAAUUGUUAUGCAAUUUGUUAGGUUACCAUAGCCCUUAUUGGGGGGACGGUUGUUGGGGAGGGUAUUAACAAAAGGCCUUAAGCUAUGUUUUGGCCAAUUUUGUUUGUUAUGAUGUAAAGAGGAGAGAUGGCGUGUAUGUACAAAGUCAUAUUCAGUUAAUCCUGACAUUAUGUACAGUGUAGGGUUUUGCAUAAAAUGAAACACUGCCUGCAUUGAUGUGCCUUUUUAUGUGUAGCACAACUCAUAAAUUAUCCGGAUUAAAAAAAAAAAAAAAAAAAACUAUAUAUAUAUGCCUGUAUUUAUAUUCUCAGGGGCUUCUAUUCUCCACUUUUUUUUAUUUUUGGCGAGGAGUAGAUUUGCAGUUUUCUUUUUCACCUCAUUUUGUACAUGUGUACAGAAUCUUUAACCAGUUCUUUUACUUUUUUUUUUUUUUUUUGUUAUAUUGCCUGAUUUAUUUAUGUUAAUAUGUUAAUGUUUUCUCUAAAACAGUGUUACUGUUUUUGGUUGGUACGUCUAUAAUGACAGUAGCAAUGUCCAGAUUAAUCUCUACUGUAUUUAGAACUCUACUUAUUAUUAAUGGUUAUACAUACGUUGAGUCUGCAUAUAAUUUCUUUGCCAUAUAUACCUAUAGGACCUGGUGGUACGAUGUUGGCUAACCAAUAGAAAGCUUGUAGGCUGAACUUGUGUAAGAAAUAUUUCUUUAGCCUUAAUUGCUUGUUCUCAAAAAUUGUGAACUUAUAUAAUUAUUUUGCCUUAAAUCAAAAACUGACUUUCUCUUACUUAUAUGUACCUCCUUAACUAAAAGAUGCUGUUUUUUUUUAACAUAAUUCUCUUUGUAUGUUUCCAAAGUUUAAAACACGUCCAUGCUGUAAAAGGGCAAGAGUGGUUAUAAAUGGCCAAGCCCUCUGACCAAUAUGUCUGUGCUUGCUCAGUUCAUUUUACCUACACUGCCCCUGCUUCAGGAUGACAAGUACUACACAGACUGAAGGAUGAAUGGAACAGAGCUUUUUUAAAUUGACAGCUGAACUAUUAAUACUUGGACAUUGUCAGUGUUGAUUGCCUUUUUGUCAUUUGCAUGGCACAUAAAACACUAACAUUUUGGAAACUAUUUUCCUGUGUACAUGCACAUUAUUGUGUAAAUGUGAUAUUCUCUCUAAUCUAGUAUCUAAUGAAAGUCUAUUAUUUGCAUUACCUCACCUUGUGCUAUGUAGGAGUGACUACUGACAGUAGUAGCUUCCAGUAGAGCUACUUUGGUGGCAGUUGCUCUUAUUCAGGUUAAUUAUUUUUGCACUAUCUCUGACAUCUGUGAUCUCUCUGAAGGCAAAGCUGGUGUCUCUCAACGGACCAGGAGCUCUGGAUUACUCUCCUUCCAGUUUUCAGUGUUGAUGUAGUAUAAUAAAGCGAAAGUAUCUAUACAAAAUAAAAACUACAGCAAAAUGCAAGUUGCUUUCUUUUGUUAAAGAUUGUGUCCCUCUCCAGUGUAUUUCAGUUGUUAUACACCCCAUGUAUCACUGUAAAAUGUAUUUCUCUUAUAUGGAGUCUUAAGUUUUAGAAUUAAACUUUUCUUUCUUGCUUUUUCUGGG